AUGAGUAGCUAGCUGGGUUCUUAAUUAAAAGCUAGCAUAAGUACAGAUCUGAGGCGCAGCAUCAAGAAAUCAGCACAAGCUCGCUCACACAGCAACGUCGUACGUACGCACGGGUAGCUGCGGCAAAAGAUCGAGAUCGAGAGAGAUGGAAGUUGGUCAAGUGCUCCACAUGAAUGCAGGAACGGGAGAAACCAGUUACUCAAACAACUCCCACUUACAGAAAAAAGUGAUAUCUAUGACCAUGCCCAUUAUAGAGGAGGCUAUGACCAAUCUCUACAGCAGCACCUCGCCAAGUAGCCUAGUCAUCGCCGAUUUGGGUUGUUCUUCUGGACACAAUUCUUUGUUCGUGGUUUCUGAACUUAUUAAGAUAGUGGAGAAGCUUCGCCAAAAAUCAGGUCAUCAAUCUCCUGAAAUUCAAGUGCUUUUAAAUGACCUUCCAGGGAAUGACUUCAAUACUAUUUUCAAGUCCCUACCAAGCUUCCAGAAAAAUUUGAGCAGUCAACUCGAAUCUAAAGAUGCUGGUCCAUAUUUUUUCUCAGGAGUUCCCGGUUCUUUUUAUGGCAGGCUUUUUAUGAGGAAGAGUCUUCAUUUCCUUCAUUCUUCUUAUAGUCUUCAUUGGUUAUCUCAGGUUCCUGAACAGAUAGAGAAUAACAAAAGGAACAUUUACAUGGCAAGCACAAGCCCACCAAAUGUGCCAAAGGCUUACCAUUCACAAUUUCAAAGAGAUUUCUCUACAUUUUUGAAGUGUCGUGCAGAAGAAAUGGUAACAGGAGGACGAAUGGUUUUAACGUUUAUGGGCAGAAAAAGUGAAGAUCCAACAAAGAAAGAUGGUUCUAAUUCCAUGUGGGAGCUUUUGGCCAUGGCACUAAAUGACAUGCUCUCCAAGGGACUCAUAAACGAAGAGAAAAUGGAUUCUUUCAACAUCCCUCACUACACUCCAUCUCUAUCCGAAGUUAAAUCCGAGAUUGUGGAAGAAGGAUCUUUCUCGAUUGAUAGACUGGAGUUCUCUGAAAUCAACAGGAGCACUUACUACAAAGAAUACAACCAUUCUAAUAUAUCCGAAAUUGCUGCAAAUUCCAUAAGAGCUGUUGCAGAAUCUUUGCUAGUUAGUCACUUUGGAGAUGGCAUCAUUGAGAAGGUUUUCAGCAGGUCAUGCAUAUUUUCUUAUUUAGGGGUUCAAGUCCCCUAAAUUCUUGUCAUGAUUGUAAUCAUGCCUAAACUGGGAUUAGUAACAAUUAGAGGUGAAAAUCGACCCAUUUGGCGUGGAUUUUGGGCAAAGUCAAUGCCAUCCAAUGCUUCAUUUUUGGGGGAGAAAACUGGCCGAAACCGAUCAAUGGGGAGGAGAAACAUCGGCCGUCUCGACACUGGCAGUUCUCUGGCGGUUCACGGUCGAUUCAUCGGUGAGCUUCGUCUGAGAGAGUAGAGAGAGAGAGUUGUAGAGGAGAGAGAGAGAGAGGACAAAAAUUGAGAUCAGGAAUGAAGAAGUGAGGAAGAAGACGACCUAAUUUCAAAACGACGUUUCAGUUGUAUUUAAAACACAACUACUGGCUUAAAAUGACGUUGUUCCACUUAAA